GAACGAAAGUUUCCGUUGACGGAUUUAAAUAGUGGAGGCACACCUCCUCCAAAGGGACGCUGAAACGGUCAUCAGGCUGGAAACUAUUGAAUUUAUUCUGUAUUUUGAGAUGCAUUUUGUUUCAGGUGUUUACGAGGCAGAGUGGUAACAGUCUAACACCAGGAUCUACUAAACAACACUCGUCAGUAGUGAUGUCCUCGGCCAAGGAAGACACGCUAUCUCCAGAUGAGCUGAGAAAAAGACUCUAUCAAACUUUCAAAAAUAAAGGAGUGCUCGAUACACUCAAAACACAGCUGCGGAAUCAGCUCAUCCAGGAGUUAAAACAUCCACCUUUGACAGGAGGAGAACCAGUUCCCAGACCAGUGCCUGUGAAAGCUGAACCUCUUUUGGCCUCUGCCUGUAACAGUUUAGUGGCUGAUCAUCUGCGCACCUCAGGAUAUGAGUACACCCUGUCUGUAUUCUACCCUGAAAGUGGCCUGUGUAAAGACAAGGUUUUCACAACAGGAGACCUUCUUCAGCUUCUUAAAAUAAGUCCCCAAUCACCACUUUAUAGAUCUAUGGCUUCAAACAAAGAUAAUGAAAAAGCAGGGUUCCUGAUCAGCCUUCUAACACAGCUAGCACACCAUCAUUCUCACGGCCUGUGCCAUGAUGUGGACACUCAGACAACCAGCAUAGCAAGUUAUGGAGAGUCUCUUGUUGAAAAGAUGAAAAUCAUUGAUAAGGAAUAUGAGCGCAUUAGUUACAGCGGAGACAAAUGGUUUUCAUUCGAAUCAAAACUGGCCGCAUAUAGAAAAGAAGUUGAAGCACAGAUGCAAGCGGAAAUGAACACAAAGAUGCAACAUUUUAAAGAAGUUGAAAUUGCUAAGGUGAAGAUGGAAGAAAAAGCUAAAUUUCAUAAAGAAUAUGAUAAGCUGAAGCAAGAGCUUGAGAGGACUUACGAAAUCAAGGCCAAGGCGUUGAUGGACCGGGAAAAAAAUGCCAUUGAUCGCUUACAGAAACAACAAGAGAUUGAAGAAAAAAAUGUGUACAUGCAGAGACAAUCAGUCCUGAAAGAAAUCGAAACAGUGCGGAACAGAGAGAAUGAGCUGAGGAUGAGAGUGGAGGCUUUUGAAAAGACUUGUCAAAUUCACGAGGAAAAGGUCAAGACCACUGAAGAGCUGCUGAGGAGGAGAGAGCUGGCAGUGAAGACUAUGGAGGACACGUACGACCAAAGGCUAAAGAAUGAACUUUCCAGAUAUCAGCUGGAGUUGAAAGAUGAAUUCAUCAAAAGAACAGAGAAACUAACCGAGAAUGAGAACAGAAACAAAUUGGAAACUGCUCGUAUCCAAAAGGAGUCAGCUGUAAUCGAUAGCAAAUUAGAGGAGCACAGAAGAGCAUGUUCAGAGCUGAGACGACUGCAGAUGGAGCAAGACACAGCACAGCAGCAGAUCUCUCUGCUGACUCAACAGAAGGAGCUGUUGAGGGAAAGACUGGAGACGAUGAGUGACUACCCCAGUUUGAAAAGAGAGAAAGCAGAGCUGCAGGGCCAGCUGCGGCUGCUAAAGAAACAGCUGGAGGAGGCCCAAGAGGAGAACCAGAUUCUCCAUGCAGAUUUGGGCAAGCCGUCCAAGGAGCAGCUGGGCUUGCAGAUGGAGCUGCGGAGGCUGCAGAGCGCUCGCAGACUGGAUGAGGAAGAGUUUGACAACCAGAAACAGGUGCUGCAGGCACAGCUCCAGAGUGAGGUGGAGCGAUGCGCUCAGUUUAAGGCGCAGUUGAUGGAGAGUGAGGAGAGGGCACAGUGGAUGACUAACCACAUUGAGGACAUUAAGCUGCAGCUUCGCCAAACUCAACAAGCUCUUGAAAACGAAGUACUGCUUAACCCCAAGCCGUCUCUUGUCGAUCGCUCAGUACUAGAGCUCGGAGCUGACAAGCUGGUUCCCCCUGACAUCUAUCUGGACAGAGCUCUGCUGAGGGCCAGGGUGGGUUAUGAUAAUGUUUGUGAAGCAGGCGGGCCCUUGCGAGGACAAAAGUCGCCUUGGAGCGACUCUCCAGACUCAGACAUGGACGUUGUGGCUGUGGCCAAGGCUCGGAUCCAGGAGCUGCAGCAGGAGGCCGAGACCUUAGAGGAAGCCUACAGGAACUACCAGCAGAGGGCAGUGCGCUCCACCAUUUCACACAUGCUUCCCCCAAGACCUCUCUCCCCAUCACAUCGCCCUAACUCUCCUCUACGUAAACAAGUGUCUCACCUUUCACACACCCAUAAGCCCUACAGAUCAAAGGUCUCACACAGACCGCCGUCUCCACCAACUAACAGAACUCCCUCAUCAGCACCCUAUGACACUGUUCCACCCGCACAGCUGAAAGUGACCUUCUCCGAAGAACAUAACCAACCACAGUCUACAGUUUUCACUGACCACAGCCUCCAUUCACUGACUGAAUCUCAGUUUCUAAGAAAUGGACACCCUCAGGAUGAAAGCAGCCGUCCGUCCAGACGUCUCUCCUCAACACCACACUCAUCCUCUGGGAAAAAGCUUCAAAGGGAGAUUGCAGAAGAAGCAGCUGUGUCUCCGGUGGCGUUCCCGGAGCUGACGUUUGACACACAGCUCCCCCAUGCCCCCCACGAUGAGGUAGCGACCUCGGGUGACUUUUCCCCUGAGCUAAGCCCACCUCGCAGUCCUCAGCUCAAGAGCACAGCACGAGACCAGUCCAGUCCACCAAAGCUGCACCCUGUGUUCUCCAGCUCAGAGUCCUCUCCACAGCCUGAGAAAAUAAGCCUGGAAGAUCUCACAGGCAAUUUGUCAGAGCCGGGCCACAUUCCAGAGCUUCUCCUGGACACUGCCGUCCCUCUCUCUGAGGAGGCCCCUGACGGCCCCGCUGUCCCCCGCCCACAGGACCUCCCAGAAGACCCAAUAGACUUGCAAGGCCAAGCGGAAAUCCCAAUAGCCUCAAGUGAAUCUGCUCAGAAGGAAGAUGCUGAGGAUGAGGAGCAGAGGUGGGAAAAAGAGCGAAAGGAGAGACUAGAAAAACGGCAAAGGGAGCAAGAGGAAGCUCGAGAGAGGGAGCAGCGAGAACUUGAGAGACUGGAGAGGGAGAUGCUUUUGCAAGAGAUGGAGAAACCAGAACAAGAGGAAGAAAAAGAAGAAACUGAAAGUAAGAAAGGAGCAGAUGAAGAGCAGAAGCAAGGGGCAGACAACGACAGGGAGGAGUCUGAGGGUGAAAAUCCAUUGGAGAAAUACAUGAAGAUGGUCCUGGAAGCAAGAGAAAAGCAGCAUGUGCAGAGCCCUGGAAGAGAAGAUGCAGGACAUAUGAGCCCAGAGGCCAAGAGUUUGUCUGAGGAAAAAGAUAACAGCGUUGCAGCAUAUUCACACAAGGAUGACGAUGAUGAUUUCUGGUGAUCUUCCAGAGUGCCUCCAUAAACUGAUGAAUUACACAAGCCUCCAUAGCUUUGCACCAUUUAUUAGUGUGAAGCAUUUAUUGUUUAAGAUUUUAAGAUUUUACAUUACAGUAUGUAUAUUUGACACCACGUUGUUUGAAUAAAUUUUUUUUUUUGCCACCAGACAAGCUUUUUCUGCCAUGCCAAAGACAAAAAAAAUCCCACCGGAACAGAAUGAAGUUUUUAAUUUAUUUUUAUUUUUUAAAUUUUCAUAAAAACAGUCAACAGGCCAGUUGAGUAAUGUCAUAAAGGGGUUUCCAGUCAGACAGGAUGCUGGAUUGUUGUCCUCCUGGUGAUUGAUGGGUAGCCUUUGUUCUUUAGUUUUUGGUUGGUUCAACAGGAAACACAGCAUACAAAGAUAAGAUGUACUUUAGCUGUUCAUCUAUCAUCUUUCUCCUUGGCAAAUGCACACCUUUGUCUAUUAGUCCUGCAGAGAGCUAUGCAGGUUUUGUACUACAAUAUCUCACAGAUACUGUGUUAAACACUGGGCAGAGAAUCACAAUGGCAUUCAUACUUUGGCUACAUUUAGAUUGCCAUACAAUUUUAUAAAUGACUGGUAUUGCAACUAAUUGUUAGCUGAAAGUUGAGUAUUGAGAUAGAUUUGUGUCAAGAUUGUUUGUGUGCGGGGUCGACAACCUGUGUGUAAAUGUGUAAUCUGUAAAUGUAAAAUAACAAUUCCAAAAAAAGAUUUGUAAACUCACACAAAUAUUUAGCAAAUCGGAACGAUCUCAAAGAUCUGAAAACAAACACAUUUCACAAAUAAAAAAAGGUGUGCUUAAAAUGCAAAUCCACAACCCAAAAGAGAUUCACACAUUAAAACUGGAUUUACAAAUAUCAAUUGUAAAUGUUAGUAAGAUAUUCAACAAUGCUACCAAUUUAUUAGUGACAUUGUAUUUUUUUUAAUUUGUGGAAUUUUUUGUGUGCUUGCAGAGCCGUUGUAUAUUUGCAAAAUAUUUUUGUGAGUUUCAGAAACUUUUUUUUUUGUAUUUGUGGGAAGUGUUUUAUAUAUACAGAUUACAAAUUAAAACCUGGACUUUCGAUCUGUUCACAGAAAUAAUAUUGACACAAAUCUUUCUCCAUAGAUGAGUUAAAAUUUAAGCAUCAUUAAUUCUCGAGGAAGCCCUUGACAUUCAUAGAAAAUACAGGUAAACUAUCAGACAACAACAUAAUAUAAUACUCAUAUACUUUUGACUUGAAUAAAAGAACCUAGAAAAACACUACAACUAACCAGCUACAUAAAAUGGAUUAAUUUGUAUGCAUUUAGAAAAAAGGAAACAGGCAAACACUGCCUACUACUGAUGUCAGUAUACAUGACUGUACAUCACGUGUGUCACUGCAGAAACAGUUGUCUUCAUGCAACAAAGAAACUUAUCCCUGUAACUCAGCUAAUAGCAAUAAAAGAUUACAUGAGUAAUUAUGUCAGCAUAAUGACAAUUGCACAUCAAAAACUGGUGCAAUAAUAGAAAAUUAAGAAAAAAAAUUAAGUGGUUUUAUCUUUAAAAAAAACACAAAACAUCCUGACUUGUAACAACUUUACACUUUUCACACCUUAAGUUCUGUAGGUUUUUCCACUGUACCAAUGCACAUGGGACACAGUAUAAGAUUUUUCAAAAUCAAGUAAAUUUUGAUCAUAUAUUACAAUAUAUGAUGAGAUAUUACAAUAGAUAAUGAGCUAAAAAGCAUUUCCGAAGGAUCAGAGCGCUCUCUGUGUUGGCAAGCCUUAUUUUUUCUUUUUCAUUUGCAUAAAUGAAUACACGUGGAACAAACUUUUAAGAUACUGAAUACACUGAAUAUCUUUCUGUCUAAUUAUUGGCAGCAAUUCACAUUAAGCAAGCAAGUUAUUCUUCUGGCAUAUCCUUAAAGAUUAAAUCCUAUGAUACUGUGAUGUCGAGGAGCUUUCAGAGUGUAUGUGCUUUGUUUACCCGAAUACAUCCUUUCAUUGUGUCUGAGGUGUCUUCUUAGGAUUAUAAUGGGAUUUUUGAACCAGUUAACAAAGGAAAAGUGUUGGUUUCUUAUCAGUUACAUUGUUCCAUAGGCUCUAGUGCACACCUGAGGUAGUGUUAAUGUAGGCCAUGAAUGUUCUGAGUGACCUUUUAGUAGCUGUACGAUGAAAAUCUGAAUCUAAAACCAAUUAUUAACACUAAGAUAAUUCCAAGGACUAAAGGGACAGUUCAACCUAAAACCAAAAGUAUGUUUUUUUUUUCUUACUUGUGGUGCUAUUUAUUAAUCAAAUUGUUUCAGUGCGAGUUGCAGAGGGUUGGAGAUAUCGGCCGGAGAGAUAUCGGUUGUAGAGAUUUCUUAAACUUCAAAACAGUGAGACAGUUGACGGGUAUAGUUUGGUAGAUAGAAAAUAGUUCCAAA